CAGACGCCCGCUGCUUACUGCCCGGAGCUGACCGUCCCAGCACGCUCGCCGCCGCUGCCGGCACGACAGACCAGCUUUGCUUACCUUGUUGCUCUGGAAGUCAUGACCCUAGGAAGAGAAUUUCAAAUAUGAAAGCCCCAAGUUCAUCCAUGAGCUCGGAUUUCCCACAUUACAACUUCAGGAUGCCUAAUAUUGGAUUCCAGAACCUGCCACUCAACAUAUAUAUUGUGGUUUUCGGCACUGCUAUAUUUGUCUUCAUCCUUAGUUUACUCUUCUGUUGCUACUUGAUUAGGCUAAGACAUCAAGCACACAAAGAAUUUUAUGCCUACAAACAGGUUAUAUUAAAAGAAAAAGUAAAAGAACUGAAUUUGCAUGAGCUCUGUGCAGUGUGUCUAGAAGACUUCAAGCCUCGAGAUGAGUUGGGGAUUUGUCCAUGUAAGCAUGCCUUCCACAGAAAGUGCCUUAUUAAAUGGCUGGAAGUUCGCAAAGUAUGUCCACUGUGCAACAUGCCAGUUCUGCAGCUGGCCCAGUUGCACAGUAAGCAGGACCGUGGACCCCUACAGGGACCCCUCCCCGGGGCAGAGAACAUUGUAUAGCUCACCACAGGAUCAAACUGUUGCAGGAUCUGGGAGGAGCAGAGCUGGGAGGAACACAAGUGGUCUCUAUGUUGGCUGCUCUCACGAGAGCACCAGCUGCUGCUUCCUUGUCUCAUGAAGAACCCUCAGGCCAGCGAGGCUGGGAACCCAGACUUCUGCAUCUUGUGACAACCAAAGUACUCUGACACUACCCCGUGCCAAGAGGAAUGGAUGAACCUGCAAUUUGGUUCAAGAAACCUCAUGAGGAUCUCUUGCUAACUCCAUUACAUUCUGUCUCCCAGACACUCAUCUCCAUGCCAAGAUGAAUCUUUAUCAACCAGAAGGGAAGAUAAACCCAAGUGUUACAGAAAGGAACUGAAGGCAGGUCUUUAAAGCCCCUACCCUCCCCCCACACACACACCCUGGGAACACAUGAGCUUCUCUGCAGACCCUGCACACCUCUGCAGCAGCAAACCCUCCCAGCAGCCUCUAAGCCAAGUGAAAACAGCGGUUACCUCAGCCCAAGCACAGCUGGUUGCAAUGCCAGAGGCAGUGCCAACAAGGCUAUUCACAUUGUGUUCCUUUGAUAAGGCCAUCUUGGAAACCCAGGGGCUUGGUUACAACACAGCAGGAGUACCUGCCACCACGGAUUCUUCCUCAAGUUCACAUUGCUUAUCAAAUCAUCUGAGCUAAAAACAGUAGAUGUGCUUGGAAAGGUCUGGUCAAAAGCCAUUUCCUCUUAUUUCCCCUCCUACUCACCAGUGAGGCACAGUCAAGCCACCAUCAGGAGCCCCAGCACGGGGCGGGUCUCUGAGCCCACGCUGUCCCUGUAUGACCCGAGGGCCCCAGGGUGCUGCCCACAUCCCCACAUAUACAAUGUGGCUCCAGUGUAGCUGCUAGUCUUGGCCCACUGCCCCAGUAGGAAGCUGCUGUGAGCCUUUCACACGGCUCCGGAAAGGAGCAUCUCUCUGAUAAUGGGCCAGUCCUCCUGGCCUUGCUGAGCUGAGGAGGAUGCUAACCCCUUGCCUCUCCCUGUCCUGCCCUCUGUUCUCUUCCCUCCCUUCCCUUCCCUGUCUCUAUUUCUUCUCAAGAGAAGAUGCCUGUCGUUGACAUCUUAACUAUUUAAAGCAUCCCGAAUAAGAUCCCUAUGUAAUUCUGAAGCCAGGGAGGCACCUGCAAUUGUAAAUAGUUUCGGGAAGCUCCUGCAGGGCUAUUCAUCAUUGGCGUGUGCCUCAGUAUUCAGACUUAACGAUAACUAGUUGAGAGUGUCGUUACAGGAGAAAAACCACAUGCUGCUCUUUGGUUCUUUGUCCUACUUUUCUAGAAAUGACUCAGAGUCCAGCAGGAUUCAUGACUACUUUAUAAGUUCACUAUGUGAAGCAGCAUUGGGUCAGACAGCAAGUUCUCUUCCACAGCCCUGCUCUCCACCUCCUUCCAGAUUAGGGGUGGCCUCCUCAACAGCACUGCUUCUGCUCCACCCCACAGGUGUGAUUAGGGGCAGCUUCUCAUGGGAAAUGCAGCGUUUAUGACACGGAGCGGGGCUGGAGGAAACUUUGCUACUCCAUUCAGGGAGUGUCUCCAGGAAUAUUUUUGGA